AUGGUUUAUUUCUUAGAACAGAGGAUUUUUCUGGUGAUGGAAUUCCACCGCCUAGAACACAGUGUUGUUGCAACAAGACGAAGUUGUCACCGAAAGUUUAAUGUAACCAAAGGACCGAAACGCGAUACAAUAAAGAAUCUGUUUGAAAAAUUUCAACGGACUGGGAACGUGAAGGAUGAUCGUGCUGGAAAGGUAGGGCGAAAGCGUACGGCAACCACAAAGGACAAUGCUCAGCUUGUGCAACAGGUGAUUCAACAGCGGCUUCGGUUUUCCAUUCGUCGUGUUGCAGCUGCGGUCCAAAUAAAGUCAACGUCCACGUAUCGUCUCAUUCGCCUGAGUUUGCACCUCUAUCCAUACAAAAUUCAAACUCGGCAACCCCUCAGCGCUGCUUCCAUGAAUGCACGAGAGAUUCGUUAA